CGUGUGCGUGUGCGUAGCUCCGCCGCGACGUGGCCUGUUGGCUCUUGCACGGAUAAAAAAGGUGGAGCCCGGACCCGGAGACGAAGGAACAAGGAGAGAGACACAGAGCGAGGGAGAGGGAGGGAGCAGCCAUGGCGAGCGUCAAGGGCGGAGACUCGGCCAAGGCGAAGGCGGCGGGUCGAGGUGGGCGGGGGAUGCCGGUGGCGGAGGUGGAGCAGGUGUUCCGGCGCUACGACGCCAACGGCGACGGCAAGAUCUCGGCGGAGGAGCUGGCGUCCGUGCUGCGGGCGCUGGGCGCGCCGCCGGGUCCCGGGGAGGUGCGGCGCAUGAUGGACGAGAUGGACUCCGACCGCGACGGCUUCGUGGACCUCGCCGAGUUCAUCGCCUUCCACUGCAGCAACGGGGAGGAGGAGGAGGGGGCGGAGGAGGGGGAGGGCAGAGAGGACGCCACCGAGGCCGACCUGCGGGAGGCGUUCCGCAUGUACGACGCCGACCGCAACGGGCUGAUCUCCGCGCGGGAGCUCCACCGCGUCCUGCGCCAGCUCGGGGACAAGUGCUCCGUCGCAGACUGCUCCCGGAUGAUCCGCUCCGUCGACGCAGACGGCGACGGCAGUGUCAACUUCGACGAGUUCAAGAAGAUGAUGGGCGCCGGCGCUGGAGGCAGGCGCUAGAGCGGCCGGCGUCGACGAGGGCGCCGGGACAAGCCGGGAAGCAAACAAGUACCUGUUGGCUCCAUCCAUGGCUCCCAAGGUUUGAUUAGUUCGUUCUAGCGUGGUUUGCUUACCUAAUUAAUCCGCACGCAGUUGCUUAACAUAACGGCCUUCUAGGAAAGCACGAUUCUAGAGGCACUCUGAUUUGAUGAUUUAACAGGGGAACCGAUGUUGUCAUGUAAAGGUGUAACCUGCUGCUUGCUGCUUUAUGUAGUAGUAAUUGACUAGUCGCUGGGGUCGACCAAUGUAACAACGGAUUAUUAGGUUCUGUUUGUCGUAAUUUCUGAUUGCUCAGGCGGGAAUCGUUUUUCUCCUUUC